AUGGAUAACGCCAAAGAUGAGGUUGAAAUGGAGGUUGUGGAGCCAGAGGACGCUGAGAGCGACAUGGAGAGCGAUGAUAGCGACAACGACGAGGAGACCGAGGCUGAUGGCACCACAAAGACAACCAAACAGGUCUACUUGCCAGGCAAAACGAUAGCAGAAGACGAGGAACUGGUGUGCGAUGAGAGCGCCUAUGUAAUGCUGCACCAAGCAUCCACGGGCGCACCUUGUCUGAGCUUCGACAUCGUACCAGAUGAGCUGGGUAAGGGUCGGGAGAGCUUUCCAAUGACGGCUUACAUCGUUGCCGGCACUCAGGCGUCGCGGACUCAUGUCAACAAUCUGAUUGUUAUGAAGAUGAGCAAUCUGCACAAGACACAGGAUGACGAUGGGGAGAAUGACGAUGAUGAUGAAGAGCUGGAGGAUGACCAAGAUGAUGUGGCCGACAAGAGUGAGCUUAAGAAACCGGAAAUGACCUGCGCUCUCAUAAAGCAUCAGGGAUGCGUGAAUCGUGUUCGCGCCAGGCGCAUGGGUAACAAUGUGUUUGCAGCCUCGUGGAGUGAGCUGGGACGCGUGAACAUCUGGAAUCUUUCACAGCAGCUGCAGGCUGUCGAGGAUGCACAGCUCCUUAAGCAAUAUGAACAGCAGAGCCUGGGUAGUGAUGUACCUGGAUCCCGGCCCAUCUACACGUUCAGUGGACAUCAGCAGGAGGGAUUCGCAAUUGACUGGAGUCCCUGUGCCGAGGGAGUGUUGGCCACGGGUGAUUGUCGACGCGAUAUACACAUCUGGAGUCCGCUCGAGGAUGGCACCUGGAAGGUGGAUCAGCGUCCGCUGUUGGGUCACACUGCCUCCGUGGAGGAUCUGCAAUGGAGUCCAAACGAGCGCAGUGUGCUGGCCUCCUGUUCAGUGGACAAGAGCAUACGCAUCUGGGAUUGCCGUGCAGCACCGCAAAAGGCUUGCAUGCUUACCUGCGAGAAUGCGCACGAGAGCGACAUCAAUGUGAUCUCGUGGAAUCACACGGAGCCCUUCAUUGCCAGCGGUGGUGACGAUGGCUUCCUGCACAUCUGGGAUUUGCGUCAGUUUAAGACACAGAAGCCCAUUGCCACAUUCAAGCAUCAUACGGAUCAUAUAACGACUGUCGAAUGGAAUCCCAAUGAGGCAACAGUUCUUGCCUCGGGCGGCGAUGAUGAUCAGAUCGCAUUGUGGGAUCUGGCUGUGGAGAAGGAUGCCGAUCAGGCGCAGGCGCCGGCACAAAAUGAGGAUGAGCUCAAUAAGCUGCCGCCGCAGCUGCUCUUCAUUCAUCAGGGCCAAAAGGAGAUUAAGGAGUUGCACUGGCAUCCACAGAUGCCGGGCGUGCUCCUCUCCACGGCGCACAGCGGCUUCAACAUCUUUCGCACAAUCAGCGUAUGAAGAGUCGCAGCUAUAAUCACAAUCUAUCCGAUAACCAAAUUAGCUCCUAGACGACAACAACAAAUAUAUAAAUAAAUAUAAUUUUGACACAA